AUGUUCAGUGUUGGCGCUAUCGGAUCCCCUUCCGACUUCGGAACCCAGUGUAAGGAUCCUGGGGUUGUUGAUGGGGUUUCGGGCCGAGCACCGCCGAUCGUUAUCGUGUCCAAUCUCCACUUCACCUGCGGGGCACUUACGAUCACGGAUGGCUCGAGACCCCGACCCCGGAUUCUCGUCUUCUCCUCCAUCAUGGGGCGUCCGAAGGUCUUGCCCGCAAAUCGCCUACGGGCCAACACUGCCUGUACAGCAUGUCGCGCCUCCAAGAAGCGAUGCAGCGGCUCUUUCCCCUGCACCAGUUGCAUCCACAAGGGCCAGGGCCGCACCUGUAUGCCGUUCAAAUUGGUCGCAGGCGAGAGUCGGAGCCGCCACCCCUCUGCCACUUGUCAAGCAACAGAUACUAUCCCCGCGGCCACGAGGUCGUCAUGGGGCGAGGCUUCAACAAAUUUUCAGAGCCCGCCGCCGACCAGCAUCCAUGAGACCAGUCCCCAUGGUCGCUCCGUCGAACAAUCGCUCGAAGCGGGUUCCCGCUCCCCCGAGGCAACGCAUCGGACCCAUCCGCGCAUGUUGCGAAAUCUCCAAGGAGAGCGAGUCUAUGUCGGCAAGGCCGCGUCCCUGUCGUUUCUCCAAUUGCUUCGGGAAACCGUCACACAACAUAUUGGACCGUCACAGUUCUCCCAUAAUUUCAAGAGUGAAGAUAUGCUUGAGACCGAAGCCCACCAUGACUCACCAAACUUCUCAGAAGACUGUUGCGACUCAGAGCAAAAGAGCCGGUUCCUGCAAAGGUUUCGUACAGUGACCAGCGGGUUCUUGGAUCUAGGAUACAAUCCAGACGCACUUCUUUCCGACCCAGAAGACCCCCAAACAGAUCGAGAGAAGACUCACGCGGCAAUUCCAGAUCUCAUGAUUGCCAUCGGCGCCCAGUCGUGCCCCAAGGACCCUGAGAUGGACAGAAUCGAGCGAUUCUUCUUCACCCGGGGCCAGCAGAGGACCUUUGCCAACUUCCUGGAGGAUCCCAGCUUGGAUUUGGUUCGGGUCUUUCUGCUCAUGUCAUUCUACAUGUUUGGUGCCUGCCGCCGAAAUGCCUCUUUCAUGUACCUGGGCGUCGCCGCUCGGUCGGCUGUUGCCUUGGGGCUCCAUGCAGAUUCAUCGGAGUCAUUGAAUGAGAACGAACAACAAGAAAGGUCAAGGCUAUGGAUGAGCCUUUGUGUGAUCGAUCUCCUGGCGAGCUCGAUCCUCGGCCGACCAGCCGCCACAGUCGGGCUCUUGCCUGAGAGCCGAAAAGAUCUGGACCGAAUCACAUCCAACCCCACGGUAUUGAGCCUAGUCGCGUCCUAUCGCUUGUCGUUGAUUCUGGAUGAAAUCGUCAGUCGGCUGUAUAGUGAAAAAUCAGCGUCGAUCGAAACGGCGAAUUCACUCUUGGCUAAACUGACCCGCUGGAGUGGUGAUUUGCCGGAGUCUCUGCGAACCGCGGUCACCGAAGAUGAAGAUCGUGAGAUCGUACAGGAACGCAUCAUCGGCAAUAUGCAUGUGGCCUGUUCUUACCAUUUCGCUGUGAUUUUGGUUACUCGACCGUUCCUAAUCUCCACUUUGAGUGUUCGCCUGGCCCGAUUGCACCAAAGUCUCUCGACAGGGGUUGUGAGCGAGGCCCUAGAGGAGGACCCCGCGCACUCAAGGCUCGCCGUUGCCUGUAUUGACUCGGCAGUCUAUAUGCUCCAAACUUGUUUGGAAGUUCACCAAUCCGGGCUGCUGCUUCAGCAAAUGGCUCUCUUAAAGGCCUUUGUGUUUGCGGCAGCCCUGGUCCUGGGGUUUUCAAUGUUUUCCCACCGCGAUGUCGACGCCGAGAUUGACGGGGCUUUCACUGGUGCCUUGGUGAUCCUUCGCAUGCUGGCCCGCCAGUCUGCACAAGCCGCUCACUAUUUUGAGAUUCUUACGCUGCUUGAAGCUGCCGUCUCCCAGCAACGCCAACGUCUGUCAGCUCAGGCGCGACACAGACGCAGCCAGUAUGUAAGUCGGAUUUUCAGCUUAAGUGAGGCCACGCCGACUCCUCGAAUGGAGGAUGGUGGUCGCGACGAUAUGACGAGUUCUCUUCUUGCACAAGGCGGCGCCUUUUACCCAUGGCUCCCUGCUCACGAUAACGGAUCGGCCACGGUCACCCCUCCGAUAACGGAUAGUGCGUUUCUCGACUGGGAAGGUAUGGAACUGCCCUUGUGGGAUAGUUUCCCGUUUACCGAGCCCGGCUCGUCUGUGCUAUAA